AUGCAAACCGCGUCCUCGAGGCCGACGGCGCCGAGGCCGCCGGUGAAGACGAUCAAGGACGAGAACAAUCUCCUCGCGACUGCCUCCAACAAGUGCUUCGCGUGGGCGUGGGCAGCCGGGCCAACGGCGACGACAGACGCAAUGGCGACGGAAACGGCCAAUCUCGUCGCGAAUGUCUCAUCAGAGCCCGGCAAGUGCUGCUCGUUGGGCUGCGACGUCUGCUGCUCGUUGGGCUGCGGCAAGUGCUGCUCGUUGGGUUGCGGCAAAUGCUGCACGCGGUCCUUCUCGUGGGCAUGCUGUCUGCCUCGUUGGUACUGCUCGUACGCGUACAGGUGGUUUUGGUCUUGCCGUGGGAAGUGGCCGGGCACCGGCACUGAUGCCGAUGCCACUCCGCCGCUGCUCCCUCCUUCUUCUGCAGAGAAGACCGCGAUUGGCGAUGGCCUAUUCGUGUUCGUCGACUACGACAUCUGGAAUGACCACGUGUACGACGGCAUCCCUGUCUGGGUAGAGGUGCCAGCCACGCCUGUCGAGGUAGCCAUUUCCUUUGACGGCUCCGUCAACCUCUCGGUGGCAGGGGCAGGGCGCGGCUGGGACACGGCGGCGGCGGCGGCCACGGCAGUCGAGACCCUCGUCGAGCCCGGAGGUCCCGUCCCCUUCGCGCUCCUCAUGCCGGUAGCCAAGAACCGACUGUGGAAGCUGAAGUGGGUUGCCCGAUGGCACUUCGUGAUCCCGCCGCCGCCGGAUCCGUGCCCGCCGGAGCCGUGCGCCGACCUCAAGUGUGCGGCGCUCGACCUGCGGGUGUGCGAGCUGGAGACGACGGUGCGCACCAUGCAGCGGGCGGAGCUGCGCCCAGAAGACGUCUUCACUUUCGCGGAGGAGCAGCGCGCGCGCGUGGAGCUCUAG